CAUUUAUUGGUUUGAGCGCAUCAUAACUAGCUCAGCUCUCAGCUCAAGCAUGUGCCGUCAGCUGCUUCGGCGCAUCAGACGUGUGAGAAAGGUCGUUUUGAAGUACAUGGAUCCCUUCAGAUGGGCACUUUUUGGCUACUACAUCUUCAUAGGCACUGUCCAAGUGAUCCUGAUGAAGGCCAGCGGGGAGUCUGCCAAGGGCACCGGUAAGGGCUUGGCGUACAACACUGCGUCUGCGAUGAUCUUCAUUGAAGGCAGCAAGAUCAUCUGCUGCCUGGCGGUGGAGUCAUGGCAGGGCGAUGCCGUCCGGAAGGAGGCGGGGGAGACUCGAAGGACGACGACUCUCGGAGGGUGGGCGUACUAUGCCAUCCCGGGCUUCCUCUACGCGGUGGAGAACAACCUGAAGAUCCCUGCCACGGUGAUCCUGCACCCCCACGUCUUCGCGCUGUUCAACAACAGCAAGGUGAUCUUCGCGGCGGUGGGGAUGGUGCUGCUGCUGGGCAGGCGCUUCAGCGUGCUGCAGUGGAUGAGCAUGGUCCUGCUCGGCGCGAGCCUCUGCGUGGCCAAGGUUGAGAUGCUCCUCCCGGCGCCCGAGGCGAGGGAGUGCGCCAGUGCCCCAGCGGACGCGACGCCCCCGCGGGCGCUGGCGACGAGGAGCUCCUCGGAGGUCCGCGUCGACGCCGAGGAGGCAAGGGGCGGCGCGCAGGCCGCGGCGGCCGCCCCGUCCCGCGAGGCCGCGGCGCGAGGCCCUCCGCGGCUGCCGCCGAGCUGUCGCGUUCCCCGCCCCCUCCGCGAGCCCUCUCCUCGGCGGCGGGCCCAAGUUCUCGGAGGGGGACAGGGCUGCCCACGCCCAAGUUCUCGGCGGCGAGCCCGAGUUCUCGGCGGCGAGCCCAAGUGCUCGGAGGGGGACAGGGUGGCCCGUGCCUCGAUCCUUCCCCGUGUUCCCCUUCUCGGGCCUCCUGGGAGGAGGCCCUCGUCGCCACCGCGGGAGUCGCCUCGAGGUCCUGGUCAGAACGCACCCCGGGAGAGAUCCAGGGGGCAGUGGUGCCUUUUUGCCUCUCCAAGUUCGGCAGCGAGCAAGGGGGAGAAAUGAAAAGGAGCAGGCCUUCUCAGAGGGCGGCGGGGCUUCUCAGGAGGCCCCCGCGCCUUCUGAGAGGUUUUGUUCUG